ACAUUUGGAUCAAUAAACUGUACAAGUUGCCAAACGUAUGCAUCUCCUAGCCUAUCGGCGGACUAAUUAGUAUGUUUACUGCCACUAGAAGAGUUAGGCCUAUUGAAUUACUGUAAGAAGACAGUUCUACUGUAUAUCGGUUUUUACAGUUCUGAUAAGCUAAACAUUUAAGGACUCCACUCCACGGCAAAGAAAUGACAAGGGCGCUCUGUGUACUCUUGUGUCUCAGCAUGGCAUUUAUGACGUGCCAAGGGAAAAACUCCAGUGGCGAAGACCCCUGUGACUUCAUAAUUGUUGGUGCUGGUACGACUAGUUUAUCUCUAGCAGGAAAAUUAGCCGAAGUACCUCACUGGAAGAUAUGUGUUUUUGAACGAGGACCAGAGGAAUAUGGAAUGAGCGAGUGGUACACGGGCUCGUAUAAAUUUACAACUCCUCACGAUCCAUUUUGGCUGACACAACCGGCUUUAGGUACCAACAUAGGGUCGUCUUCAAAACCGUAUAAUAAGAUAAAGGAUGCUCGGCAUAUCUACAUCCCCCGGUUCCGGGGACGCGGAGGAACCUCUCGUGUAUACGGAGCUAUAGCCAGAAGAGCAAGUCCUGCGGUGCUUAACUUAUGGCCAGACGGCUGGAAGCACGACCAAUUUUCAAAGUAUUACAAGCAAAUAGAAGAUCAUUACUGUCACUACGACUCUGUGGAAGCCACCGGAAUAUCUCCAGAAGAUUGUGAGGAAUGGCAUGGCAAAGGAGGUGCAAUGCAGCUAAACAGUCAGAUUGAAGAAGCAUUCAGAAAAUUUCCCAGAGAAAUGAAAUACUUAUGUGAGGAUGAAACAAAACCAUGGAAAGGAUACGCAGCUGACUACAACGGCCCAAAGGAAGACAGAAUAAGCUGCAGUGUAUUUCAACAAUACAAGCUGCGAAUAGAAAACAAACACCCGACUGAGGCAGCCCGUCGCAACCGCACGUCCAAGACAGGUCGUGGAAGCAGCUACACGGGUUAUUACCAGUACACUGAAAAUAAGCCAUAUAUGUAUACCUCUUCCACAGUAACUAAGAUCUUGUUUGAGAAUGGUAAAGCUGUUGGCGUUGCAUAUCUUGAUGUAAACACGAAUUCAGUUCGUACACGACUUGCCAAGAAAGAGGUGAUUGUAGGUGCUGGCUCAUUUGAUACACCUCAUUUAUUACAAGUAAGUGGGGUAGGUCCAAGGGAUUUGCUGAAGAAGAUCGGUGUAGAUGAAGUUGCUGACAAUCAACAUGUGGGUCAACACUUAUGGGAUCAUAUAUCAGUGCCGUAUGUACUCAAACUUAGGAGUGAUUCUGAUUCGUUUUGCUGCAUGACUAACGAAACUGAUGUGCCAACCGUUAACAUCGAUGGCACAAUACAUAAAACAGAAGACCUCGAUAGAAUCAACGGACCAUUUUCUUGGAUCAUUCAUUACAGAUCGAACAUUGAACGAACGCCGCAGGAAAUGAGUGACAUACAGCUCUAUGUAAUGGGUAACUCCAAGCUGUUUGACGAGGUAGGCCCAUUGUGUACCUCUGACACUCCUCAUUCCGGUCAAAAUGAGUACAGUUAUCAGGGUGAGUUUCUUCAAGAGGAAAACACUAAUGACGACAGCCCUAACGAAGGUACCAUUCGUAUUAUUGACCAGUGGCCAGAAUACCGUGGUUCUAUUAAUGCUACUACACCAAAUAUAUUUGAUAAACCUCGUCUAGAGUAUGGCUGGAACUACACUCUAAAUGGCGAACCUUCACCUGAAUUUCAGAAAGUGUCACAGUUAGUUCGAGAUCAGGUGAGGCUUCUACGGGACAUGUUCUUUGGUGAGAAUGUCAGACCUAGCUUAGGUGAACUGGUCUUAGAUGAAGUUACACCAGGACUGAAUUUGAAAACAGAUGAAGAGUUAGAUGCCUGGAUGAGAGGUAUGCUUGUUUCAGCGUUGCAUCCAGUAGGUACAUGCAAAAUGCCAGAAUGUGUAGAUGAGUUUUUACAGGUUAGAGGUGUUUCCAAUUUAAGGGUUUGUGAUGCUUCAGCGUUUGCUACACAAAUCGAUGGUAAUCCAUCCGCUACACUCUUUGCUAUGGCUGAAAAACUGGCUGAAAUGCUUAAAUUUCAACAUCUCAAGUAUAUAAACGUAGCAGUCAGAAAUGAAUUAUCAAUCUCAGUUCAUGAAGACAUCCCGAUGAUCCCUAGUACUGCCAUAAAAGAGAUGAUUCAGUCAACCACUAAGUGCAUUGAUACUACAGUUUCGGUUAAGUGGCAGCCAACAGGUAAAGGGUCAUCUGCUAUAAUCAUCAAUGUGUCUCUGAUAUGUAGUGAGAGAUUCAACGAACGCGAUAUUGCAGACCAAGUAGCUGAAAAGACACUUAGUUUAAUUGCUGAUGGAUGUGGUGUACAAGACUAUCCGCCAUUUGACAGAGCAGAAGCUACUCUACCAUCAGAUAGACCGACACCAAAACAUAGAGCAUCACCCUAUGUCUUUAUUGUAUGGUGCCAGUCCUUCAAAAAUGUAUCGCCAGACAAAUUGUGGGAAAAUGCCGGUAAGUGGAAUGGAGAUAAUGGCAGGCAGCCAGGCUCAACCAACCGAUUUAAACUCAACUGUCAGCCUGAGGCAACUUCAAUACUAAAGUAUGUGAAUGACACCGCUAGAGAACUGAUUUAUGUGGAACCAGAAUUGCCCUUGCCAGUAACCAACUAUAUUUCAACAAAAAAAGUUGUCACCAGAGAAUCUGGUAGUUCAUCUGUCUUUUUUCGAACUGGAUCGAUGAUUUCAGAUUCUGAUGAAAGCUGGUACGAUGUAGCCUCAUACUUACUUGAAGAUGUGUACCAAAGCUCUGGCCGCCGAUUAUCUCGACAAUAUCCCCCACUCAGUAAUCAAGUAGGUUGGUGGACUGAACUAUCAGAUGGACUUUUAUAUUAUGAAACGACAGGAAUUCGUACAAAUGAACAGGUAGCUUCGUUCGACCUUGAUGGCACUAUUAUCAAAACCAAGAGUGGUAAUACAUUCCCAGAAGACGAAAAUGACUGGAUCUUUACAUCUUCUAAUGUCAAAUCCAUUAUUCAACUAAAUAACAAAGACCACAUCAACAACGUAAUCAUGAGCAAUCAGAAUGGCAUUGGUACCGGCUCCCAGGAUAAGGAAGAAUGGAUGGAUAAAAUCGAGAAAAUCACCGCGGAACUCGGAGUUCCUAUGUAUGUGCUGGCUGCUACGGAGAAGAACAAGUAUCGCAAACCUAAUGUGGGAAUGUGGGACUAUUAUAGCUGCACCUUGAAUCAGUUUAAAACAAUCGACAAAGAUAAGUCUAUAUAUGUAGGUGAUGCUGCUGGGCGACCUGAUGAUUUCAGUGACAGCGAUAAGAAGUUCGCAGAGAACAUUGGCAUUGCAUUCAAAAAUAAUGAUGAAUAUUUUGAGCCAGGCAAUGGUCACAGUGAACUGUAAAUGUAUUUUGCUUACAUGUUCUAAUUGUAUUAGUAAUAGUUCUUUUUGCACCAUUGUUUUAGUAUGAACAUAAUUAUAACACUGUUCUAGCUUCGGUUGAUAUCGUAUUCUUAGAUUCGCUUGUUUGAUUCGCUUGCAGGGUACACCACACUAUAGUAUUUUCCAAAAGAAUCAUACAUGUAAUUUUAGUAUUGUCACAGAUGAUAUUUGUAUAAAAGUCAGCAAAUCAAUCUCAUAGAUAAGCUACCGUAAUUUUCACAUAGGCUAAUGAAAGGUGCAUGAGAAACUAUUAGCUGACCAUACAAUGAAACUUUUCAAUUCUAUAAAAAUGUAGCACGUCAUAAUAGACUGGCUACGCCAACAGCCUAAUUAAUUUAUUUAAAAAAAAGCAAGGAAAAUUGCAUCAGAAAUUAUAGUAUUAAGAUGCAUAUGUGAGAAAUACUUAUGAUUGAGAACUUUGGUAUUGCAUUCAAAAUUAAAAAUGAAUACUGUAUUUUCAAGUCAGGCAGUGGUCACGAUGAACUGUAAACGUAUUUCAAUUAUUUGCAUGUUCAUUGUAUUUUACAAUAAUUCCAUUUGCACCAUUGUUUUGGUAUGAACAUUAAUUAUAGCACGUAGCUGAUUAUUUUCUAGCUUCGGUUGAUAUAUUUUUAGAUUCGCUUGUAAGAAUCGCUUGCAGGGUACACACCACACUGUAAUCUUUUCCGAAAAACAAAACAAAAAUCAUACAUGUAAUGUUUAUAUUGUCAGAUAUUAUUUGUAUAAAAGUCCACAGAUCUGUGGUACAGAUAAGCUAACGAAAGAUACAUUUGUAAAGUUUUAGCUGACAAUAAAGUGAAACUUUUAAUAUACUGUAGUACGUCAUACACCAACGCCAACAGCCUAGAUUUUUAAAAACAAGGAAACUUGGAUCAGAAAUGAUAGUAUUAAGAUGCAUGUGUGAGGAACAUGGAGGAUAAUAUUCAAGUACAUGUAAAAUAUUACUAUACGUUCUGUAGCAAAUUAAAAAGUUCGUUUGACUUACAAUGUAAA